AUGUCCUCCCUCCGUGCAGCAGUAUACAUCGCCCCACCGACCCCCUUCAAAACGCCUGGCAAAGGAAGCGGCGGUGGGCUCUGGUCCCCCAUCUCCUGCACGCUGGUGUACUCAGCCACCGAGGCCGUCCUGGUAGACACGCCCAUCACCAUCAAACAGACACAGGACUUGAUAGCCUGGAUCGACCGCAUCGCGCCGAAGCGGAAGCUGUCGUACAUCUACAUCACACACGGCCACGGCGAUCACUUCUUCGGUCUCCCGCUGCUGCUUCAGCGCUUUCCAGAGGCCCAGCCAGUGGCCACGGCCGCCACCGUGCAGCAUAUGAAGCAGCAGGUCGAAGAGAAGAACUAUCACACUCAAUGGGAAUCGCGAUUCCCUGGAGAGAUCGCGAGACCGUUCGUCUUGGCGCAACCGCUGCCGGGAAGCAACGAGUUUAAGCUGCAAGACAGAUGGGUGUUCCAGGCUAUCGAGGUUGGACACUCGGACACUUACGAUUCCACCGCGCUGUGGGUCCCCGACCUGCUGCUGGCUGUAUGUGGAGAUAUAGUGUAUGGACAGGUGCACCAGAUGCUAUUUGAGGCUAAUACCACCGCCAAGCGCGAGGAGUGGAUAAGAGCAGUGGAGAAGAUCGAAGCUCUGGAUCCGUUGUAUGUGGUACCUGGCCAUUGCCAGGAGGGGGAGGUUUUGGGCCGCUGGCACCUCGCCAACACGAAGCAGUACAUCAGAGACUUUGCGAAUGUGCUAGAGAAGAAGCCCAAGUCUCCAAGAGAGAUUGUGGAAGCGAUGACCAAGCUGUAUCCCGAUCGGUACAAUACCGGUGCACUUAUAAUGGGGGCCAUGGGCUAUUUCCAGGCAUUGAAGGAAUCUCGGAUUUAA